AUGAACAUUGUGACGCUUGUGGACCUGUUGACUCAGAGAUGUCAUGAUGGGAUAGUCAGGCUCGCUCGACGUGCAAUCGCAGGUCGUCAACAACAAUUUGUGCCCAUCACAGCACAACACCUCUCGCACCGUCACAGCAAUACGAUCGCCAUCAGGGUGGCCACUAACCCGUACAUCGACUACCAGAAGGCAUACAUAGCAUCUGGCGCCCUCAUCCGCCCCGACAUCCCCCCUCAUCACCUCGCCAUCACCGACUUACCCACCACCCUCCUCGCCACGAUCCUCAGCCAUGCCCUUCUCGACUAUCGUCAAGGCUUUACCUCCAGUAUCCUGAUCAUAGCCAAGAUAUUCAAGAAGACUCUGUCUGCCCGCCCUGCUCCCUCUUUUCUUCUCGUCAAUAGGAGGUUUCUGGCCAUAGGCAAGCAGGUCUACUUGCAGAUUGACUUUGCUCACGUCUACAUGAACUUUUGGACACCCCUGCACGAAGGCUUGAUUUCUUCUGCCAAUACCAUGGCUUUCAUCGUUGUUACCCUGGAUAUUCGCCGCGGGGAUCGUAGUCUGAGUGAGAACCUCGUGCCUUCGUUUUUNGGUGCAAAGAUGCGCGAACUGCUGCAACAAAUGAACAAUUUCGAAGUCUUGCUCAUCAGAGUCUGGCAUGGCAUCGGCAGCUUAGGUCCCGUCUCUCAAAUCGUCAUGAACAACUUCGCAGGCAUGAGAGUNAUCCCCAUCCGCAAAGUCUCCAAACCCACCACUCAACACCUUGAUGACUCGGAGCCAUCCCUCAAGAUCCCUUUGUGGCGUGCUUGCUCAGGGACACGCAAGAGUUCCACCGGUAAUUGGAUGCCUGCAAUCNNGAUUGAUGAGCCUGAGGCUGCACCCGAGGGUGAGAAACAAGAGCAUACGGCAGAGGAGGAAGAGGCUUUGACGCAGUUGUUCGAAACUUGUAUGAAGGAGGUGCCAUGGGUGAAGACUGCGCUGAAGGCUGGAAAGAGACAGGGGAAGGCCAAGACAAAGAGGGUGGCUUGUGAUGAAGGACAUAGGGUCGAUGGAGAGUUAGAGAUUGUGGGCUUCGAGUAG